AUGCUGCUGUUGAACAAGAUUUGUGUGUCCAAUGACGAGGCAGGCGUUGAUCAUGACGAACGUGCAGCUUGCAUCAGGAAGGCUGCUGAACUUGCUGCCAAGGAAGGCCCGGACCAGGUGUGCUUCCGUGGGCAAGCGUUGUUGUGCAUCGCACGGGCCAUGGCGAAGGAAGAGGCCGAGCAGACGCUGCUUGCACUGGAGGAAAGCCUCCAGAGCAUCCUGGCGACAGCGAGGCUCCCAAUGGCAGCAAGGAUGAUGUCCAGCCAGCAGCAGGCAGUCUGGUCGGCAAAAGCACUGGCGGAAGGAAUGGGUCCUCGUUUCGCGGACACAUGCCACCGUGCGCUGCUUGCAGACCAUCGGCCGGAGCCUUUGACGUCUGCGGCGCUGCUGCGUGCGUCGGCACAGCUCCUGCAUGCGGGGCUGAGGCCAAAGUGCAGUGCCUUGACCCGCUGCCUCGCACAGCGUGCAGCAACAGCAGCCGGCCUCGGCGCAGAUCCCGAUGACGACGUUUUCGAGGAGGAGGAGGAGCGCGAGGCGGCUCGGCGGCUGCUUCGGGAGCUCUUCCGCUGCCCGAGGCUGUCCUCGCUUGUAGAGUUCUCAGUUGGACCUGGGACGAUGGAUGGGGAGAAGGGACUGCACACCGAGCCGGGAGUCCUCGACAACUUGAGGCACGUGAAGCAACUGGAUGCUGCAACAAAGGCUUACAAGCGAUGUGCCUCUCACAUCACUGCUGCCUCAGGUUCCAAGGACAUGGUGCAAAGGCUGUGCGUUUCCACACGCCUUGCGAUGUGGGCACCAGGCGAAGCCUCCAAUCACAGCGAGCUGCUGGUAGGUCUUCUCGGACGCGAGGCUGAUGAACUGUCGCGAGGGGAGAUCCUGAAGCAGCUCCGGCGAGUCCUCCCGAUGCUCCAAGGACCUGGAUCUGAGCAGGUGAGGAAGGUCUUCGACGCGGCAUGGGCAUUCGUCAAGGAACAAGGCGACACUUCCGGCCGGGUCUGUGAGCUGAUGACAACUUCCCGACCCACGAUCCGUUUUCUAGCCAGCGAUUGUGCUUUGGACAGUGAGAGGACCAGGCGGGAACUCGGCAAGAUGAUUUCGUCACACAUCAGACAGACGCAAGAUGACGAAGCACAAACGCGGAAGCUUCCAUCUGUGCCGUCUGGCUUUGCGCCAGCCUUAGCUGAUCGUGAUCCCAGAGCGAUGCGGCCUUUGCUCUUUGUGGAGGGCUGGCGGCUUGUUUCAGAAGAGGGCACCUGUGCUUUCGUUUUGCGCGUGGCGUCGUUUGGAGGGCCGGACCGCCAGGCCCCCACACUUCCGGCAGCAGAGCUCCGUCGGCUCCUCGUGCCCGGGGCGACGCGGGGCUGGUGUCUGGCAGUGACAACGAUGGCGCUGGAAUAUUGCAUAGUGCUGGGGGGCUCCGGUGAUGGACAAGGCAGCCUGGCCUUGCUCUCAGCCAGCGUGUCCUGGCUCCGGUCCAGUUUCCAGGAGUGGGAUCUGGGACGACGUGCACAUCGGGCGACGGUUCGAUGGUUACGAGGGAGGCUCUCCGACACCCUGAGGAUGCUGCCGGUUGAGGAUGUUGUUGCCAGCCCUUGGGGCGUUGGCCUCUUCCUAACGUGCUGUGCGACGAUUGCUUUCGUGGGGUUUUUGCUGGCGUUGAUGGAGGAGAGCCCCAAGGCUGGCUACUCCAAUGCUCCCACGUCCCACCUCAUGGAGUGCGCGGACUCCACGGACUUGCUCUUCUCGGACCUCUUCUCGGACGGCACCGGGCUGGGACUCCUGGAGCCAUUGUGGCGGCUCUUCACCCCAGAGGGUGCUUUGUGGACGCUACUUACGGGCUGGGAUCCUCGAGACCAUGCCUCCUCUCUGGGUCUCUCUGGCAUGCUCGAGGCAGUGGCCAGCCUCAUUGCCACAGCCCUCACCCUCUUCAACCAUGCUAUGGCAGCCCUGCUAAGGCUGUUGUUUCCUAGCCGCCGCUCUAAGGCGUCCAAGGGUGAGAAGAAUGCCAGCGCAGCACAUGAGAAGAUUCAGAUGACCUUCCUUCAGGAAGCUCAUGCCUACUUCGGAUAUGUGCGCCUCUUCUGCCUUGGUCUCAUUCGUGAGUACAUUGUCCGGGCGUGUGCUUUCUUCCUGAAGGAUGAAAUCUGUGUCCGGUACAUGCAGCGAGAGAAGUGGAGUGUUGGAUGGACCGACUUCUAUUUGCAGCAUAUGUACAAGCUCUAUGUAGAUUGCUUUGCACGACCCAUCGCCUCUGCCCCUGAUGCUGCUGUUGAUGUUGUGAUUAGAGAACGGGCGGGUGGAGACUUGUUCGGCCCUCUCAAUGACCUGAAGCUCACGAAGAACACACGCAAGUGCGUGAACCUGUCGUCCUACAACUAUCUUGGCUUUGGCGGUGUCGAUGAGUUCUGCACCCCCGUUGCACGGAAGGCCGUGCGGGAGAGUGGCUGGUCCACCUCGGGAACCCGUACAGAAGGGGGUACCAAGGACAUCCAUCGCCAGCUUGAAGAUGAGGUCGCGGCGUACCUGCAGAAGGAGGAUGCCUUGGUGCUGGGAAUGGGCUUCGCUACAAACUCCACCAUCCUUCCGGCUCUGUUUGAGGCCAAUGCUAACGGCAGUGGCAUUUUAGUCCUCAGUGACGAGCUGAAUCAUCGCUCGAUUGUGGAAGGCGUGCGCCUCUCUGGUGCCACGGUGCGUGCCUUCACCCACAACGACAUGACUGCCUUGGAAGGGGAGUUGCAGAAGGCAGUGGAGAAGGGCCAACCAGGCAGCGGAAAGCCGUGGCGCAAGAUCUUCGUAGUGGUGGAGGGCAUCUACUCAAUGGAAGGAGACUUCUGCCGCUUGCGCGAGAUCGUGACCAUCAAGAACAGGUACGGAGCCUAUCUCUACCUGGACGAAGCUCACUCCAUCGGCGCCGUAGGUGCAACGGGACGAGGUGUCACCGAGCUGCUGGGCGUUCCCACCUCGGAGGUGGACAUCAUGAUGGGAACCUUCACGAAGUCCUUCGGGAGUGCCGGAGGCUACGUCGCAGCCGCGAAGGAAGUCAUCGCUGCUCUUCGCCGCGGAGCGCCAGGAAGCGUGUUUGCCGGUGGCAUGGCGCCACCCUGCGCAGCCCAGGCUUUGCAGGCUCUCCGCGUCAUCUCUGGCAAGGAAGGUGGUGACACCGGGGCACGGAAGCUCGCGGCUAUCAAGGAAAACGCCAACUAUUUCCGCGAGGAGCUGGGUCGUCGUGGCUUCAAGGUUUUGGGCGACGUCGAUUCUCCGAUCAUCCCGGUGAUGCUGCACCACCCCUGGAAAAUGGGUGCCUUCUCACGACGCUGCCUGGACCGCGGCAUCGCAGUGGUCGUCGUGGGCAACCCUGCCGUGCCCAUUCUCUACGAACGUGUGCGCUUCUGCAUCUCUGCGGCACACAGCAUUCCGCAGCUGGCGGAGGCCAUCACUGAAAUCACUGCCGUGGGCCGAGAGCUCGGCGUCCUCUUUGAGUUGGCCACUUCUAAGCAGGAGUUGGAAGCUCGAGCGGCGAAGGAUCAGCAAUACGCUUCCUGGCUCCGCACGGCACCGCUGAUCAAGAAGGUCGAUGCUACGCCCGCUUCGGCUAGCUGGCGGCCCGAGGCGCUGUCGCCGGCAGCGCCAGCUGAGGGCAGCCUGCUGGCCUCCUUGCAGGAGGCCUGUGCCCGACCUGAGGAGGUCGUGCCAGCAAGCCAGGAGUUCCGGCUUAUGGACCCGCUUGGCUAUGCGGCCUCGCCACUGGAGGCAGCCUUCCAAGCAACGGAGGCAACGAUGGACCACUACGGCUUUGGAGCCUGUGGUCCUCGUGGCUUCUAUGGCGGCUCCCUCCCGCACUUGGAGCUGGAAACGGUGAUUGCCAAACAUCUCGGAUGUGAGUCCGCAAUCGUCUACUCUGCUGGAGUCACCACCGUCUCCAGUGUCAUCCCAGCUUUGGUGCAAACCGGGGACAAAGUCAUUGUGGAUUCUGAGGUGCACCUGGGGUUCCGUGCUGGCCUCCGUCUCUGCAAGGCCGACGUGACGUGGGUUCCUCACAACGACCUGUUCUCCAUCGAGAGGGCGCUGGCGGCGAAAUCCACCAGGAGCCUGGAGAAAGGAAAGGACUCCAAGGAGUCCCGGCGGACUUUCAUCAUGGUGGAGGCCAUGAACCAACGCACCGGGCAGCUGGCACCGCUGGCGGAGCUCGUGAAGCUGAAAGAGAGAUAUGGAGCUUUGUUGGUGCUCGACGAGACCCUGUCCUUUGGCUGUUUGGGCGAAACCGGCCGGGGUCUCACGGAGCUCCAAUCGAUCCCUCCGAAACAGGUGGAUGCGAUCAUGGGAUCGCUAGAGCAUGCUGCCGCAGGGGUAGGUGGCUUUUGUGCUGGCCGGCGUGGUCUAGUUGACCACCAGAGGCUCGCAGGAGCAGGCUACUGCUUCUCAGCGUCGUGCCCUCCGUCGGCAUGCUCCGCGGCAGUGGCCACCGUGCACGACCUGGCUUCUGCAGAAGGCAAAAGCCGGCGGGAGCGAUUGAAGGCCGCUGCAGCAAAGCUGCAUCUAACUUUGGCCUCGAUUGCUGAGGACUCUCCAGUGGAACUGCUGAGCAGUUCCGAAUCCUUUGUACAGCAACUUCGGUGGAAGCACGACGACGCAGAACAGCAGCUUAUGCGCCUUAGCCGGGCCCUCGCCCAGGACGGGUUGCGAGCGCAGGUCUGCUCGCCGAGCUUGUGCGGCUCAGAAGGAGCCUUUGAUGCUCGGCUGAAGGCACCGAAUGCCGCAAGGUCCGCAAGCGACAUGACCCGUGCAUAUUUUGCUUCCAAGCGGUGCAAGAAGCGCAUGUCCCUUCUUGUCGUGCUGCGUGACACCCAGUGUGCCCGGAAGGCCAUGGAGCUGCUUGUACAGGACCAGCCGCUUGCGGAGCUUUCGGCUGUGGGAGACCUGGAUGCGAACCUGCGGCUCUGCGUGUUGAAAGCAGCCGAAGAGGCCUCGGAGCUUUUCUUCGAGAUCUCGCCAGACGUAGCCUGUAGGCUUCGAGCCAUGUUGGCGGAUGGGGCCAUGGACUGGCAAUUGGAGGUGUCGGCCAUCUUCAGGUUCGCACGGAACGGCUUCGCAAUGCCGUUUCCGCUUCGCGAGGACUUUCUGGAUCAAAAUGAAGAGUCCCUGCAUUUGCCCAUAUGGGUUCAAUGGGACAGCUGGCAGAAACUCUUGUCUGGGCCUUCCGACAAUCUAGAGGGUUUCUGGGAACGGGAGAAAGAGCUGAUCUGCGUGCGUGGUGGCCUGGUGCACUGGGUGACAGUCGAAGGCCAGCCUCGGGCUGUGCAGCAGACGGGCAACGGAAGGUACUCCAUCGACCUCAGCGACGGUACGUCGUGUGCUGCUUGGCUUGAAGACGGCCUACUUCGCUGGGAUGACGGAGAUGUUUGGAAUCGGCCAGCAGCUUCCAGAUUGGCGGCCGUGACACGUUCUCUGGAGCCCUGGCCUAUGUGUGUCUUGCUGCGCUCCCUCGCGGACUCUCGCGACUUCAGCGCUUCGGUUCUGGAAAAUCGAUAUGAGCAUCUGAAAAGGCAUCCGACGUUGGAGUUCGGGCGUCUGGCUGAGAGCUAUGCUCUCUUGCUGAAGCUCGUCCCAGUAGAUGUUGGCCUGCGAGAGCGCUUCAAGACGGCCGUGGCUCAGCUUCCCAGGCUCGUGGAGCAAAGGAGGCGACGGUACACUCCAGACUUCAUUCGGCAGAACUUCCAUGUAUUACACGUUGGCCACAGCUUCCUUCACCUGCAUUCCGCCGUGUUGCCAGAUGGGGAACAAUCGAUUAUGGCAUUCCUCCAGCAAAGCACUUCGAUGGACUUGUUCCGACAGGUUCUGUGCAACGACAUCGCCCAGCUCCACCCGGAAGACUUGUUGGAGGACUUAUUCACGAUGCUGCCGAGUUCCCUGGCACAGCUCCUGCCGCUGGCCCACUUUGAUGCGGUGGUGAUCCGGAACUGCCCCGCGAAAUUGAGCACACUUGCCCUUCAGAAUUUCGCCUCCAUGCUCAGGGAUGGUGGUGUUCUGAUUGCUUUUCCUGCUUACCUCGAUGAAAAUGCGGAAGUUCCGCAAUCCUUGAAUUCGUGCCGGGUGGAGCCGUCGGCCAGCGAGGAAGGGGCCCUGCUCUUCGGCGACCUCAACGGCGCUGUUUGGAAAAUGCGACUGCUGCGCGUGCUUGCGCUGUUGCGUGUCGCCGGGGGUAUGGGCUUCAGCGAGGUCGUGGAGCAGUUCAGGACCUUUGUUCGCAGUCCGGAGGUCUUGAAAUCAGGGAGGAGGCGAUGUCUGUACCAGCUGGCCGCAAUCGCAGCAUCGCACGGACUGCGGAACGAGUGCUACCACUUGCUCGUCGAUGGGCUUGGACGUUACCGCACCACCCACUCUCAGCAGUCGGUUCUGGACAUUCUCACACAGCUUGUCACAGAGAACGCAGCAGAGGCAUCGAAGGAGUCUUCGCUACUCUGCCGUGUCUCGUGCUCGCUCCAGAGACUCCGUGAAGCUGUGGACUCGGUGGACGGAGGAGCGGCCCUGAGCAACUCGGCGGAGGAACUGGGCAGGCUGGCCUGCAACCCGCUGUUGUCGCCGGAGUCACGCUCAGCAUUGAGAUCCCAUUCGCUGUUUGCCUCGCUCAUGCGCAAGGGUGGCGAGCCACAGGAGCAGCUGCGGAUGCUGUCGGCAGCUUGCAAGGAGGCUUCGCCCCUGGCAGCCGCACAACUUGCCGAGCAAUCUGGACCUCUCUCAGCAGCUCUCCUACACAUGCUGCCGUUGCCACGGGCCGUGUUUGGCGCGUUUCGCGACCUCCAGGUGCGCCUUACCGCAAAAGGCCGUGCAGCCAGGAAGGGCGAAAGAGCAACUCGUGCGGAGUGGCGGAGUGCAGCUUCUGCACCACUGCGCUCUUUUGGUUCGAGUCAGUGGCCAUGA